AUGUUCGUGAUGCGCUAUGCUUUGUUUGUAGCAAGCCAUUUUUCCUCUAGCAGUAGCAGGUUUACCGGAACAGAGACAGAAGUGAUCAACAUGGGAUCAUACAACUAUCUUGGUUUUUCUCAUAAUGAUGGUCCAUGUGCCGAAGAAGCGGCGAGAUUCAUCGAUAAAUACGGUGUGCAUAUUGGCAGCACUAGACAUGAACGAGGGAAUCACAUUGUCCACGCUGAGAUAGAAAAUUGUGUUGCGCGCUAUCUCGGAGUAGAUGCGGCAAUCUGUUUUCCAAUGGGUUUUAGCACUAAUUCGAUGAACAUUCCGUCCCUUGUUGAUAAGGGAUCGCUUAUUCUUAGUGACGAAUUGAACCAUGCUUCUCUGGUUCUUGGAUGUAGAGUGUCUGGGGCCACCAUUAAGUUGUUCAAACACAAUGGUAAGUAAUA